AUGAAUACUAUCUUCUUUUUAUUUCUCGCUUCUGUCGUUAUGACUACGGCUUCUGCAUCAACGGAUGUAGAAGCGGGUUUACACAAUCUGAAUCAUCCUAAAAACUUGGGAUGGAAAGCUCCAGAAGGACACCGAGAAAAACGAUAUGGAGGAUGGGGUGGCAGAUAUGGUGGUGGAUAUGGCGGUGGUUACGGUGGCGGAUAUGGAGGAUACGGUGGCGGAUAUCCGGGCGGUGGUUAUGGAGGUGGUUUCCCAAUGGAUAUCCAAUUCAACAUGUCUUCUGACGCUACUCCCUCGACUGAUGCCGAAUCCACGCCAACUCCAGAAUCCACCAGCUACAUCCUUGUCUCUUCGGAUAAGAAACCAUUUAAGAUCUCUGAUAGCGCCAUCCGUAACUCAGUUACUCUGUCGAGUCUUGUUGGAAGUUGCGGUCUUUAUUCAGAUAAAGGAGAGCAGGCUACCAUCCCAGUGGACAACAUGAACUCAACGGUGCUGGAAAAGAUUGUGACAUGGUGUGAGCAUCACAAAGUUGACAAACCAGUCGACUCUCGUUAUCCAACAGAACCCAUCCACAUCACUGAUUGGGAUCGUCAUUUCAUGGCUGUCGACAACGAGACACUAUUCGAUUUGAUUCAAGCUGUCAACUACCUGGACAUUCCCGUUCUGAUGGUCCACCUGUGCAGAAAAGUCUCUGAAAUGGCGGCAGGAAAAUCUCCAGAAGAGCUACGCAUCACUUUCGGAAUUCCAACGGAUUCAGAGGACGACGAAAACGAGAGAAAGCAGAGAACACUGGACCAGGAUAAAAGUGAAAGAGGGGAAGUCGUUGGAUCGAAUGAUGAAGAAGAUAAUAAUUAG